AUACAUUGCUUUAACAGUGAUUGCACGUUCGAUACAAGAUGUAAACAGAUGUGUUAACUUGUUUUAAAUUUACUGAAAGAUGUAAUGAAAGCUCUGAAUAAUGCCAAUGUCAUCUAUUGAUGAGAGACCCAAAACUCUAAGAAGUGGGAUUUCUCUCAAGCCUAAGUAUGCAGUUCAGCAUCGCUCGGACAUGCUCAUUGCAGAGCAGAUGGAAAAUGUUUCCGAAAAACAAGAGACAUUAUACAACCUCCUGACAGACUUAGAAAAUGCUAAGAGUGAGGAAGAAAUUGAUCGUCUUCGGACUGAAGCACAGGCUCUGAAGGAAAAAUCAGAUGCUGCACUUAUUCUUCUAAAUAUACUCUUCAAAAUAAACCAUGAGUUGCAGUAUGCACGUAAAGAUCUGGAGGAGGCACUCAAACACAAUGGAGGAGACAUUUUGGCUGCCAGAAAAAGGGUGAUGUGGCUUGAGGAUCGCAUGGGGACAUUGUGUGGAAAAGUCCGGCUCCGAGGCCAGGCUGUUUCUCAGAGGGUGUCACAUCGGACGAGAGGUUCUACAGAUCGAGGUCAACUGACUCUGACAUUCCGAUCAGACAGUGAUGUCAGUGAUGAUGAAGACCGAUUUCCAAGACAAAAGUCUCUGCCUCCAAUUCGUCAGAUACAAGAUGACUCAGAUGAUGAAGAUAGGGGGAGAGGCAUGGGAGGUGGGCGGGGUCACAUGAUGGACACACCAUCCAUGAGUGGAUCAGAGGAUUUCCAUGACAUGCAAAUGAAACGACCAGGAAUGAUGGACACUCCUUCUUCAGAGGCCAGUUCAUCCAUCUCUCCUGUCAAAAUGGGUAUGAUGCAGCACCGUGGUCCACAGUAUUCAGAUGACUCUGAUGACGAGGAUUCCAGUCCACAGGCCAGUCCUAUCCCUAAACAUGUGACUGAAACAGUAGAAGAGAACAGGGAGGCUAGCCAAAGUGAAGGGGGAUCUGAGGCAGAGGAUCACAUUGGAGAACUGCCCACCAUGUUUAACCGAGACAAACGGGAGAUCAGUGCUCCUCCCAGACACUCAUCACCAGAGAUAGUAUCUCUACCCAAACCAGUUAUAGAGGAACAGCCCAGAGAUGAACCAGGAGAAAAUGCUGAGGAGGGUCCAGAAAUGGGGGAACGGGAAUCUGAUGAGAAGACUAAGGAAGAAACUACAGAAGAGGAAACCUCAAAAGAAUUAGGGGCUGGUGAAGGAAAUGGCAUCCAGACUGAAAAAGGUCCGGAGGAAAAGACAUUUAUUACAGAGGUCUCAGUGACCACAAAUAAAAGCAGGGUCACAAUUGUGUCUCCAAAGAGGGAGGAUACGAGACAAGGAAAUCUUUACAAGCAAAAAUGUUACAAGCCAGCAUUUUUGCGUGAAAUAUCCGAGGAGGAACGAGAUCUUAUUUUGGAGUAUUGGCAAUCAGAGCAUCAUCGCUUUGAGUAUGGACAAUAUUCUGACGUUCUUACACAGUUAGAUCCCCUGUCAUACCACCAGAUGGGGCUAGCAGUGCCUGGAAGCUUUCUGGAAAAAUACACAGGGGAGUUUGAAGCAUUACCAUGGAAUGUUCCUGAAAACCAGAAGUCAGGAGGAGACAUUACAGAUAUUCAUAAAAGGGCAUUGGACAAAUUAUCUAUAAAAGUUCAUCAGAUGUACAACAAAAUAUUUCAAGCCACAAUGCUAUCAGUCCGGCCAUCGAAGAAACCAACAGAUGGACAGAGGGAAGUCAGCUUCUUUCAAAGCAUUGACCAGUUUUCAACAAAGGAAGCUACAAUGGCUUCGUCUGUGCUGGGAGCUAAGACUGGGACUUCCAGUACUUCUGUUGAGGACAAGAAUCGUCCAACCACCAUGCAAACGGUGUCUAGUGUAGAAAUUCCUAAAGUAGAGUCACGUAGAUUGGGAACAUCCAAGUCAGGGCGACUGGUGUACUACCCCAAACCUAUCCCUCCCCCCGAAGUCCUGCCCCUCACUAGAACGACAACAGGGAAGGAAUAUCCAAGGUUGGCUGACAGCUUUCUGACAGAUGGAUCCAAAGUGAAGAGAAGAAAGCCAGCUGUGCGUAUCGUGGACCAGCGGAAUCUGGCACAAGAGACAAAGUUAACACUGUAUAAAGAGCGGAGUCGGGGUAGAGUUAAGGGCCCUAGUACAACAGAGCAGAAGUUUCGACUGAUGAUUGAGAGAGAGAAAAGUGCUACUAGUAGCCAGAGAUCAGAAGUCGUUCGCAAGUUGGGACUUUCUAGAACUCUCACAAAAAUAUCUCAAGAUGAGGUUGACCUUGACAUUAAAACUACUAGUCCUGAAGAUGAGGACGAGGGUAGUGAAGCUGGUAGUGUUUGGAGUAAAAUCAAGCCUAAAAGCAGAAACAGAGAAUAUUCAGGACUCAAGUGGGAGAGAGUGAAGACUUUGGUCCAUACAAACCUUGUUUCCAAGAGAACAGAUGAAAGGAUUGAUGCUGCUAAGCACCUGGGCUUGUUACGAUGUGGUGACACUAUGGUGUUUUAUGCACUGAAGGAAAAAAUGAAGAUGGAUGAAGAUGAAAGAGUGAGAUAUGAAGCUGCUAAGUCUCUCAUUCUUGUUGGCUGUUGGGAGGAAGAUGUCCAACAAGUUAUUCUAAAGUAUUUAGUGAUGGGAAAUGUGGACAUUAGAUUGGAUCUCAUUAAAACUAUGAUUGAUGGCAAAAAUGUACAGUAUGUCAAUAAGAAGACUAGCACAUUUCCAGAGCUAGUGAAGGUUCUUAGCCAUUUCUGUAGGAACCCUGCAGCAGACGACCCCAUCGCUUUAGAAGCAGCUGUAUUACUAGGGCGAUUGUGUGUAAAUGAUGACAAUGCUAGAGCAGAACUCAAACGAUCUCUAGAGUCCACUACUUCAGACACUCACAAAAAGGCCAAGUCUUUGGAAAUCCUUGUAAAGCAGCUGAACUGUACGGACCAAGACAUUGUCCUCAGCAUUUUAGACAUGAUCAAAUCAUCUUAUGUGUGGAAAUACAGAGUGCUGGCAAUGGAAUUGCUAAUUACACUGGGUAUAAGGCAUGUCUGUCAGGAUCCAGAGGUUGUGGAGAAGGUCUACAAGAUUUUAGAACGUCGACUGUGGGAUGAUCCGACUGUUGAAGUAAGAGUUGCCUCUGCCAAAACACUGACAGCAUUGGGCAUGUUCAGACGAGCCUGUGACACUAUAGAAAAGUGUCUGGAGGACACAGAUGAAGAUGCUAGAUCUCAAGCAGUUAUCUCAGUGGGAACUCUGGGAUUGAAGAAUGAGAAGAUAACUCGUUUGCUUCUAGAGAUGCUGGAAUUGGAUUCAAGUGAUUAUGUCCGCCUUAUGGUUGUGAGGACAUUUGUCACAUUGAACACAACAGAGAAGCGAGUUAUUCGAGCACUCAGGGAAAGGGAAAGAGCAGAGGGGGCUCUUGGAAGGGAAGCUAAGAGGGCAGUGUCAACUCUGGAAUCACUAACCCAGUUGCCUCCCCCCAGUCCCCGCCGCACACAGACCCCUGCCCUCAACAACAAGGGUAACAGUUCCCUGGGGUUUCUUAGACCUGUCACACAAAGUGUUUGAUUGACAGUUGUAACACCUAGUCAUGUGACCAAAGGGCCAGCUAAUAAUGCCUGCUUAUCUAGAGGGAUAUCCUAAGACUGGUUCUCUGCCCUUGAUUCUAGUCACCUCAUUCAAGGACAGGUAACCACCACCAUUAGAGUGGAAAAAUUCACUUCUGCUCUACUCAUAGCAGACAAGCAUUCAAAAACAAAUGAUGAAUAUAUUUCAUUCACUCACAUCCUGCAGCAUGCUGAAUUUAGUAGUUAUUAUGAGCCUUGUUUCCAGUGACACAGUAAAACCUGUUGUUGAUUACACAGGGUACCUGUGACCAUAAUCAAUGCAGAGGACCAGUCAAUGAAUUUUUCUUAUAAACAGAUAAAGUCACUAACUUUUCAGUGCUAAUAAGAUUAAACUUCUAAUUAUGUGUGUAUUCUUAUUGCACCAGUGUCACAAAUCCAUAAAAUUUUAUUUUGUUAUUGGGGAACAAAUCAGAAAUUGGGUGAACUUUUGUAUUUAUUACACACUGCUUUUAUUGAAAUAAAUAUUGCACUGAGCUCACAGUUUGAAAAUUUAUUGUGACAGGUGUGUUUAAAAAUAUUUAUGAGGGGGAGUGCAAAUAUAGAAUGUAAUGAUCGAUGUACGACUCCAAUUAUUGAUUGAAGUAAAAUGAGACUGCUGAUAUUAAGCAUUUAGCAGGCAUUUAUUACAGAUAUUUUUCUCAGAAAUGGAACUCUCCAUGUAAAUUUGUAGUGAUGUUAAAAUGUUGGUUCUGAGUAUAACUUCUAUAUAAUGGUGUUGCAUUUAUAUCGAGAAGACUGUUCAUAGGGGUUUUUCAACAUUUUAUACAUGCAGUAUACAAUACUUAUCUGCAGAUACACUUAUUUAAAAAAAAAAAAUUGAGCACUUGCAUCUUUUUAUUGCUACAGUCUGUGAUAGUAUUUUACUUGAAGUUUUCAUGGAUUUCAUCCACAAAUGAGUGAAUUCUAAUAUUAAUGAAUAACAUAUGACUGAAGUGUUACAUGAAUAUACGGUUUCACUGUGUUUCUUAUUUUACAUAUAAUUAUAUACAUGUCCUGUGCCUUUUUGAAGUUCUGGAUAUAUUUUUGUAUUAUGUUUUAUUUCAAAUAAAGAUGUGAAAUUAG